AAAUGGCACAAGUUGGUGGGUCUGGGAGUGGUCAGAACAAUGAGACCGAGGACAGGUCCUACUUUGGGCAGCUGACAGAGCGUUUUUUGUCCAAGUACGGCACUUGGAGAGAAGAGGACCAUAUACCGCAGACCAAACAGGAGUAUGAUGCCAGGCUUGGGACAAGCCAGACAGGAACCUGCGCAAGACUGGGCGCACUGUAUUUUGAGAUGCAAAAUCAGGGUGUGCGGCUCUCGGAAGUGAGAGGCAUCGACAGUCAUGUGUUCGAGCAGAAGUGGUUGUCUCCGGAUAACGACAGGUGGCUGUGUUUUCACUCAAAUUUCAGCGCCUGCUUCGACGGUGAGAAAGACAUCAGAUACUUCUUCGCCGAACUUACUGGGAUCAAGGGCCCCCAGCUUGUCACAAGAUGUGUGAGGCUCUCCAAGUCCUCAGGUUAUUCCGUGGGCAACUGCAGGUUUUGCACAGGUUUAUGGCAUCCUUCAGGGGUCAACUUCCUCGGUUGCAGCAAGUGACGCCUGCCGGAUUGCCCAGAGUCUUUCAUCCGCGCGGCACCACAAAACAGAGCAGGAAAAACACCCUUGAUUUUCUGAGAGGUCAAGAACACAAAAUAUUCUUAAUAUUUUUUUCUUGAGCCAUUGAUGUCUGCAAUUUAGAAAGCUGGGUAAUAAACACAUUCAAAUUUGUAUCAAUAGCAAUUGUGACAGAGUGUUCAAGAAAUCAAAAGGCAAUGGCAUAAGGUUGAGCUGAUAACUUGAAAUAGAAACCUAACCUUCAAUUCUUCAA